GCGGCGUUUCGAUACCUGUCGUUAAGUUGUUGGUGUGAUGACAACAUUUGUUGACGCACUGCGUAAAAAGUACGAAAAGCUCACCGAAUGCAAUAUUUUCGAGAACUAUGUACAAAAGAGUCCUAACCGUAUCGGCGCCAACCUUUUGUUCCCGGCACGGACGCUUUCUAUGGAUUGUCAGCAAAUAGCGAAGGUGGGCUGUGAGGAUGAACUUUUCCGUGCUGCUGGGCAUGUAGCUGAACUUGAUCUCUCCGGGAAUAAGUUGAGUUGCUGGAAUGAGAUUUUCAUCCUGUUGCGUUGCCUCAAAAACUUGGAGUCAUUGAACCUGAGCCAGAAUCCUCUUGGACCCAAUGCGGAAGCAGAACUACAGCGCAUCAGACCAGACAGCCAAAGCGGCGAAAAUGAGGACGUCAUGGAUCAAUCCGAUCCAAUCGACAUAACCGCUCAUCCAGUCAGACAUUCACCUAGUGGUAGCCCGAUUCUUCGUUUCAUGCUGUACGAAACUCCAAGACGAAAUUCGCGGGAUGCAGUUUCCUUAGAUAAUGGACAAAUGGACGAGAAUCGAGAAAAUUAUUCCCUUCCUGUGAACAAUAAGGAAACAAGUUGCGAGAUAAAGAAGACACAACUAGACGGACCCGUCGAAUUUGACGAGCAUUUUAUAAAAAAGUGUGCCCCACCCAUUCGAACUGCUAUCGAAAACAACGUUCUCGCCCCAGCAUCAUUAUUUCCGAGGUUGACCGUACUUGCCUUGAAUUCAACUUUUAUACCUUGGGCUUGGGUUCUGGAACUACUAAAUCGAUUCCCCAACCUGACGACUCUUCAUGUUGCGCUGAACAACUAUGGUGCCGAUGAGGAUCACCUCGAUGGUGCUGGUGACACAUUCGAUAUCAACAUAAACAUACCAGUCUUUCAUCGUUUGCGUACACUGUACUACAGCGAGAACAACAUUUCCAGCUGGUGGACCGUUUGUCGUUUGGGGCGUCAUUUCCCCAGUCUUGAACACUUGGUGCUGCUUGGGAAUCCUCUCGCACAUAUCCCCGCUCCUCUGCCAUCCAAAGAAUCUUUGGGUGCUCGGGGUGGAAGAGUGGUUGAGAGACUUCCAGAACCGACCCGGUUAUCCCCAACACCUCCCGGGCACAAGACCGCGCAUCGGUUAUUCGCGUCGUUGCAUACACUUGGUCUAUCCGAGACGCUGCUGGAGCGUUGGGAAAGCAUUGAUGCUCUAGGUGAAUGGAUGCCUAAAUUGGCCAAUUUACGCCUCGGCAACGUCCUUCCCGUCUUUCAGUCCUGGCUAGAAUCUGACUGUCGUGCUCAUGUGAUUGCCCGCCUUCCAAAUCUUACUACCUACAAUCGUAGUGCCAUCGACCAGGAUGAACGCGAAGCGGCCGAACGGGAUUUCGUGCGCUACUAUAGUCAGAUUGAACCAGGUCUUCGACCGAGUCGUUAUUGGGAAUUGGAGCGCCAACAUGGCCGUCUGGAACCACUGGCGGACAUCGAUCUGUCUCCAAAGCGCUUCGUACGCGUUCGCGUCGUGUUGGAUGGACGUGAAACUAUUCACGAAUUAAAUCUUGGCUUGAAGGUUUCACAAGUGAAGCGCCAGCUACUCCGACUGUUUGAUAUCGAUCCUGCGGAAUCCAGAAGCUACAAACUUUUUUAUUAUGACCAGGUAAUUUCUCCACACCAAGGACCGGAGGAACUUCGCUAUCCCGCGCGCGCAAUGCACUCAUAUCAACCAGAAACUGGCGAUUUGUUCGAGUUGAUGCGCAACCCAGAUCAGCAUUCAUCUACACGUUCCCGCUAGUUCAAACAAUGUAUUUGCAUGUAAAUAUGGCCAAGCACUCACAUAUGUAAGGUAUGGAGCAACACCGGAGUAUUUUCCUUCCAGUCAUCAGUAGACUCCACUGUUACUGUCCCGUUGAUGCGCCGAGCUUUUACAAGUCAUUUCACUGCAUUUACGCCUUUCGCCCUGCACACAACUGUUGACAAUUUUACAUUUUUUACUCACUGGCUGUGGCACCCUAAUCCGUGAUACCAAUGAAGCAAUAACCGAUCGUAUAUGGUCAAAUCUUUCCUGUCACGUGUUCACCAAGGCACGCUGAUGUUUGUGCAGUAUUUGUUCCACCUUUCAUACACCCGUUUCCGUAUUGCGCAGCUCAGCUGCAUCCUGUUUUAUUUAGUUUUCCUCUUUUGUUUAUGCUCGCUGGUUUUUUUCAUCUCGUUACUUUUUGUUCAUCUGCGGAUGACUUGUUGGUCAGUCCGACUGGUGAUACAGAGUGACACAUGUAUCUACUCACUGCCUUGUCGAUCGGGACCGAAUUGUGCGUAGCACCUGUUAUGAGACAAGCACAUUUACAGUUUAGUGUGUCAUUGUUGUCCCGUUCACGUGGUAUAUAGUUACUACCUAUUUCAAAAUAAGCCAUCGGCAAUUCGCUCAUUACUUUGUUCAUAGUGUCAUUUGCGAAUUCACACUAUCCUUUCAUAUUUAC